AUGGAUCUGAAGGGGUCGCCGCCGGCGGAGGCGGCCGGGGCCGGCGGCGGGGGCAGGGGCGGGGCCGCGGCCUGCUCCAUCUGUCUGGAUCCGGUGCUCGCCCGCGGCGCGGGCCGGUCCGUCGCCAAGCUGCAAUGCGGACACGAGUUCCACCUAGAUUGUAUUGGGUCCGCAUUCAAUGCAAAAGGAGCGAUGCAAUGCCCUAAUUGUCGGAAGAUUGAGAAAGGCCGCUGGCUUUAUGCAAGCGGACAUCGCCCCUCUGCUGAUGUUGAUAUGGGUGGCUGGGUGACUAGCGACAACUAUGAUAUCACCUCCGAGCUUCCUUUUGGAUUUCAAUGGUGCCCCUUUAGUGGAUUCACCCAGCUAGCAUCUGUGUUUGAGGAGCGUGAAGCGGAGCCAACUUAUCACACAACUGGAGAUCACUCAAGUGCUGCAAGCAGUUCACUUGUUUGCCCAUAUCUUGCCCUGCGUGGUGUUCUCCAUCCUGUUCAUGUGCCUUCUACUUCUAAUUCUGGUGCUGAAAGCACUUCAUUUCAUCGGCAUUCAACUGGCUUGGAAGGCCAUGCCACUCCUGAUUUGAAUAACGCUCCAGUUUUCCAUGCUACUGAGUCAAGAAAUCAUGACAGUGAGCACAGACAUUUGAGUAAUCUUCCUGUAUCAGGAAUUCCUGAAUAUUCUAUGACUCCAUUUGGUAUAGGAUUACCAAGAUAUGACAGUGGCAGCCAACCGAGAUUGAGAUCAUAUGCACAUCAUCACCCCUAA